AUGGGUCUAGAAAUCGGACAGAACAUUGAGGGGGAUAAAGGCAUGUACCAAAUAGUACAGCCGCUCAAAGGCUCCACGGUAUUCAAAGCCGAGAUCAUCGAAGGCGAUUUCGCGUCGGACAGGUGGUCAGUUCCUGCCGCAGCGCAUCAUUUCAAACCGGUCGCUGACUUCAAUCCUAGGGCUGUGGUCAAGACCGCCCUCACUUACUCUGAGAAGAAGAAUCUUCAACAGGAGUACGACUUCCACAAAAAUCUGUCUCGUGAAUUGAGUCCACACAUUCGAUCCUUGCGAGACACGGUGAAGGGGCAGGAUCCUGAGGCUGCUCCCUUGUGUCUGGUAUUUGAGUGGAUGGAGCGUGCCAUGGGUCGUUUAAUACGAGGGGGGCCUGAAUUCCUCAAAAAUCCCAGCCUGCUAAGGGCCAUUUCAAAAUCUACACUCUUAGUUCUAGAGGCGAUGGAAUCAUCCAACCCCGAACACAUAGGUUUGUUCCUUGUUCCCUUCAAGUAUAAAUCACUAAGAAAGUUAGAAAUUCGGCCAACCAAAAUCUUGCUUUCGAAUAUUGAUACCGACAAGCCUAUUGCAAAACUUACGAAUCUUCUCCGACCAUCUAACUCGGAAGGAGUAGACUCGGGUUGCCAGAGACCUACUUAUCGAGCACCGGAAGUCUGGAGAGGCCUUCCCUGCACACACGUUUCGCACGUCUGGAGUUUGGGAGUCAUGUUGGCAAAUUCACUAUGUACAUACCAUCUCUUCUGCGACAGAAACCAUUUGGGCAAGCACAAUGCCGGGAGGAAUGAAUGGUGUAUCGCAAGGCUGUUUCGCCUUGUUGGGCCAAUCAUGGACCCAGUGAGCCAUUCCUAUGCCAAAGAGUUCAAAUACGGAAGGAAACUGUCGGUCUAUUGUGACGAACACGGCCGCUUGUACCUGCCUUUGAGUAACUGGCGUCAGGAGCUAGAGAAAGUCAAUGACGCACAAUCUGACGACUGCUACAUAUCGAAGACAGUACUCGACUUCAUCCAGUCACUCCUCGUUGUCACCCCAGAAAUGAGAUCUACAGCCAAGGAAGCGCUAGCCCUCGACUACUUCCUUAAGAAGGACUAA